CAAUACCUUAUGUAAUCGCGGCAACCAUGUAUAAUAUCUGGUGUAGUAAUUUUUGGUCGGUUGCCUAUACCGAAUUAUUUUCUUGUAGUUCCCUCCAUUGGGUCAAGUUACGUCAGUCGUUCUGGCCGUGAUUGUGACUGGUUAUUGUUUUCAGUCGCCUGGACAGAUGUAAACGAAGAGCGGUUUUGUUAAGUGAAUAACUAUGUGGAUUUGUGCGUGGAACACCAACGAUAAGUGACAACUCUGAAAAUUUAUAAAUUGGAUGGGAUGUUUUAUUGAUGGUAACUAAUUAACCGUAGAAACAAUGACCAAAAACAAAGAAAAGUACCUACAUGACAAGCCCUUAAAUACUAUCUACUACGAGCACGCGUCGCACACUACCACCCUGCUAGCGGGUCUGAACUCCCUCCGGGAGAAGGGCGAGCUCCUCGACAUCACCCUGGUGAUCGAGGGCUCGGUGUUCCAGGCCCACAAGGCGGUACUCGCGGCCUGUAGCGAUUACUUCCGUGCCAUGUUCACCGACAACAUGCUGGAGGCUCGGCAGAACGAGAUCUGUCUGAACGGCAUAACCGCCAAAGGAUUCCAACAACUGUUGGAGUACGCCUAUACCACCCGCCUUGCCCUCAACUUAGCCAACGUGCAGGACGUUCUGGAGGCGGCGUCCCACGUGCAGAUGGUCGCCGUCAUCCAAGCCUGCUCGAACUACCUCCAAUCCCAGAUCGACAUAGACAACUGCGUCGACAUUGCCACCAUUGCGGAGACGUAUUCCCUGAGCCAGCUGCGCAUGAAGGUCUAUAGCUUCAUGAGCGGCCACCUGAUGGAGUUCUCGAACUCCAAUGAGUUUUAUAGACUGACACUGCCCCAAUUGGAGAACCUGCUGCUCUACGAGUUUCCGGUAGAUUGCUCCGAAGGGGACGUGCUGAGAAUCGUUAUCAAUUGGUUUUUUAGGUUCGACGUCCCCGAAUCGGAAGUCAGAUUGGCGUACGCCCACCGCAUUUUUCGUUGUAUCCAUUUUAAAGAAAUUUCACCCAUAAAACUUGAUAACAUUUUGGACAAGGCUUUCCAGGAUAGAGCGUGCGAUUGGAAAUUGUACAAAGCAAUUUUGGAUGUGUACAACAAAACUAGACUGGAAAAAGUCGUUCACAAAUCUUCGUUGUUGAACUCCAGGGGUAUGGGCAUGGCUGUGUUAAAAAUCGGAGGCUUUGGUCUCAACGGUAUAACUAACGAGAUAACGUACUGCUUUUCUAAUGAAGCCAAAUGGAAGCACCUCACGUCGAUCCCUCACGUGGAACAAUGCAAUUUUGGUACUGCUGUGUUAAAUAAUGAACUAUACGUUGUUGGGGGAUGCUUUAACCAAUUUUUACAAGAAAAUAUACAUCCUUUUGGAUUCAAGUUUAGUCCGCAAGACAAUAAAUGGACCACCUUAGCGCCUAUGAUGAUCGAAAGAUGUAGGUUCACCUUGAACGUUGUGGGACAAAUGCUUUAUGCGGUUGGGGGAGUCAGCGAAGUCGACGAGUUCGACCUGAGCACCUGCGAAUGUUACAAUCCGAAUUUAGACUCUUGGUGCAUGGUCCAGUCCCUACCAGCUUAUAUAACUCAGCAUGCAGGCGCCAGUUACGAAAGAAGUUAUGGCUACAACUUAUUCAUAAGUGGUGGCAUCGACAGAGAUAACGUACAGGCGAAUAUGUAUUGUUAUGACGUCAAUAGUGACAAGUGGAAGGUAUGCUCCCCCAUGUUAAAACCAAGAGCAGACCAUGUGAUGCUUAACAUAGGAAAAUAUCUUUAUGUCUGCGGAGGCUGGACUGAAGAUGAGACCAGGUCACGCGUUCUCGUCGACACUAUAGACGCUUAUGACGUGGAAAGAGAUCGAUGGGAAGUUGUUACGAGAGUACCAACUCCCCGAUAUCACGCGGGUAUUGUAAGUGUACACAAUAAAAUUUACUUUAUAGGUGGGUACCACAGUGACGCUAUGUUCGAUAAGUACACGGCUGCGGUGGAGAAUUAUGAUAUUGAAAAGGACGUUUGGACAAUUGAAGACAAGUACCCUCAAGAUAUUUGGGAACACACAUGUGCCACAUUAUUUAUUCCAAAAUACAGGGAUGAUAUGGAAGUUAUACCUGCUGCGGAAAGUUCUGUUUAAGUUUGUUUCUGUUGAAUAAUUAUAAAUAUAAGAAUGUUAAUAUUUAGUAUUUUUAUACACUGCGAAAUGAUUUUAUUUGUAUAUAAUAUAUAAAUGUCAUAUAUAA